AAUUAUGUAGUGAUACAGACUUAUAAUCCAAUCAGAAUUAUGACUAACAAACUGUCAAUACGAGUUAAUAAUAAAAAAAUAAACUGCGUUUUUUUUAAUUAAACGCUCUGGUAUCGAACAUGAUUACAAUGUUUAUCAUAAUAAUAUUACUAACGACUAUCCAAACCAUUUAUAGUUUAUAUUCUAAAUUCACUUAAACCGAUCUGUACCUACACUGUAUUCGGGUUCCGCUGGUUCAUCGAUUAUAUCUAUAGUCGCCGUCCAAUGCAAUACCUAUAAUUAAAUCAGUUUUAAUUACCUUGCUCAUUUGAUUGUGUCGAUACAAGAUUAUUAUUACUUCAACUCAAUUUUGGUUUUGACGUGUUUCAAGAAAAAUAGCCGAAUACUAUGAAAUAUGACAACACAUAUCGCGCUGUUCAGCGGUCGGAGGAGGAGGCGGUACAGAUGGAAUCGCUUUCGGACGACAGUAAGAGACACGGUCGUGGAGACUCACAGGACAACGACGAAUACGACGAGAAUGACAAGCUAAUAAUGUGCCGCAUUUGCUACGACGAUGAUAAGAAAGAAAGCACAGUAUCGCCGUGCAACUGUGUCGGAUCGCAUGCACACGUCCACGUGACGUGCCUCGAACAAUGGCUAUCCGUAUCAAAAUCGAGUAGUUGUGACAUCUGCAGCUACACUUUCAAGACAAUCGAACGUUCUUUGACCGUAAACGAGUGGCUGCGGGAGAGAAGAAACUGCCAAGGCUUCUGUCAACAGUUCACGGUCAUGUUAUUUUUCGUAUCGAUAUGGUGUUUAGUGCUCAUAGCCUGUGGAAUGAAAACGAUUGAAUAUUUCCUAGACACGAAAGACAAAAAUUCAUUUGCCAACGGGCUUCUCAUGUCUAUCAUAACGUUAGCAAUGGCUGCCAUGUUGUGGUUUUGGCUCAUCAUUUUUUCAUCGAUAUGGAAACGUAUUAACAUGGUGAUACGCUUGGACAAGAACUAUUUAAACGGAGCUGAUGAUAUCAACAAUGCGUUUGCUGUCUGACCAGCCUGGUUGGCUAAUUUAUAUUUUAUAAUAUUAAGAUUAAUUACUACUUAAUUAUUGUUUAUUUUUUUCUUAUAAUAUAGUUGAAAUGUAUUAUUA